AUGCAUUCAAUGACCUUUGUCGACAGAAUUUGUCGGGUCUCCUGGGGGUGGUUUUCAGUCUCGAUGAGCACUGGGAGCAUUGGUACCCUGCUUUACAACACCCCUCACAAAUUUCCUGGUCUUAUGAUUAUUGGAAAGAUAUUCUUCAUUCUUGAUAUUAUCACUUAUUUGGCCAUUUGGGCAUCACUCAUCACGCGAUUCACCCGAAACCGACACGCCUUCAGGAAUACAUUCAACGACCCGGAAGAAACCUAUCUCAUUCCUAAAGCUGCUUUGGGCUUCGCUACUAUACUUUUCGGAAUAGAAUGUUACGGCGUUCCUGCCUGUGGAAGUUGGCUGAAAUAUGUUCAGCUGGUCCUAUUUUGGGUCUAUACAGCCGUGGUAAUCUCGCUGGCAGUUGGCCUUAACUGGCAUCUUUAUCAAACCCGCAUGGCUUCUCGACAACCUUUCUGGCUCGUGCGCCUCCUUCCGUCCUUUCCGGCCAUGCUCGGCGGUACCGCUGCCUCACUACUCGCCGGAGCCCAGCCUAAUCACUUUGCCAUCCCUAUUCUUAUUGCUGGAACAUGCUUGCAGGGUUUUGGCUUCUUGAUUUCCCUAUUCAUACUAGGUGAAUAUUUUUAUGGCCUUCACCACCAUGGCCUACCGCCCAUGCGCCGUAGACCUCAGAUGUUCAUUGCUAUUGGACCACCGGCUUUUACUGCUGUCGCGCUAAUGGGAAUGGCUGAGAUUGCAACAGAAAAGUUCCCUGCUCAUUAUAUUCCUUUGGCCUCGCAUGUCAAUACCGCAGAAGUUCUACUCAUUGUUGCGGUAUUCUUCAAUUUUGCUGCCUACCAUGAGUGGAAGUUUGAUAUCACUUGGUGGGCAACGGUGUUCCCCAAUACUGGGUUUGCGUUGGCAACGAUCAAGAUUGGAGACUUGGUUGCUUCGAAGCCUAUCCAGUGGGUUGGCAGUGCAGCUACCAUUAUUCAAGUCGCUCUAUGGUUAGGCUGCUUUUGUCUCCACGUAUGGGCGUACUUCACCCGCCGGACGUUGUGGCCAGGCAUGGAUGAGGGAUUUGAGGCAGAGGGUCAUAUUGGUGAAGGGCUAGAUAUGGAAGGAGAGGCUGUGUCUUCUAAACAUUCAGUGGCAUCAUAG